AUGCUUAGCAGAUUUUCUGAUGUUCUACAAACCGCUGCGGAUGUACUAGCGCCGCCAGCGACUAGGUUAGAAGAUUUUCAAUACCACUGGAAGAUGAUCAUCCACUUUUAUCAGAAUUACGAUGAUAAUAGUAAGGUGCACAUUGAAGAUACUAGAAUACCUCAUCAUUUACAUCAGAUGUUACAGCUCAUAGUAGAGGAGGAAAAGGAGCAGCAAGGUGGUACAGUAGGUCCUUGUUUGGAAGCUAUAGUGCAAAGGUCAGUUUGUUUGUUGGACGCCUUAACGGCUCUUGCGGCCGCUGAUAGGCCUCCAGGGGCGAGGUCCCUGGCACUGACCACUGGAACUGCACUUUUAAGGCGAACGCGUCAACCAUGCGUCAACAGCGCACAUGUAUAUAGGCCUUUGCAGAGAAUGUUAAUACAGUGCAAUGAAAAUCCAGCCUCGCCCACAGAAAAGGAGGAAGUUGAACUCCUCCUAACUCUAUGCGGUCUGGUUAGGAAAGAGCCUGGUCUUGCCAAUAUAUUCACUACACCGUUCGUAGAAGAAAAAUCUAGUCUGUUAAGCAUACCUGAGGAUAUACAGCGGCUAAUACCGUUAAAAAGCAAAGUCCAAACUCCAAAGAAGAAUCCCCUAUUCGAGGUGGAAAUGGCACCAAAUCCAAUGAGAAACAUUUCUUUAGUCCGGACUAACUCGAAGGAAGAUAAUGGAGCUAUCACAACGUCAAAUAGCUCAGUUGCAGAUGACAAUGUAUCUUGUAAAAGUCAGAAAACUGUGUAUGAAGACAAUGAUAAAUUCUUAUUGAUUGAUUUGUUACUGUCUUACUUAAAUAGUGCUGAUAAUCAAGUAGUGUUGCGGGCUUGUGAAGGUAUAAUGAUUGUAUCAUCCCUACCGGAGGACGACAUUGCUAAUCUUGUGACGAGCUGCAGCCCUGUUUGCGAGACCAUUAUAGAAAAACUGGCCGAAAAGUAUAAGAGUGUUCCUUUAGAUGUCGACCCUAACGACGUUGACCAUUUGAAUAUCACAUGGGCGUAUGUUGCACAGGAUUUUGGCGACAAAGGCUACAAUAGAUUUCACGGCUACCGGGAGCUCACUAGUUUCUUCUCCUGGCUGGACUACUGUGAUACGUUGAUGAAGGAAUGUCACCCAGCGAUCGCGUCGCAUCUCUCCAGAACAUUCAGAGCGCAGUUCCUGGAAGCGGCUGGCGAGCUAGCACUAGGAAGCGCCCGUAGUGCCACCUUGGCCGCCGCGUUACUUGCGAAAUGUCUCAGAGUUGUCGACUCUCAGGAGCUCAUAAACGAAUUCUCAAAUUGGCUGGUGGGUGACGGAGAAAUGUCAGAAUGGCCACUUCUACUGGUUUUAAUCAACAACUGCCUCAGCGAUGACCAUGAUCUCACGCUAGAGACCCUACGGUUUUUUGAAACAAUCGUUGAAAAAGGAACAGAGCAUAGUAUAAACAGGCUGGUACUGUCGCGUGUGUGCUCUAGGGGCUACUACUCACAACAACCUGUCUUAGAAGAGGACGAAAGAGACAGACUUAAUGAUGUUUCGCUGUGGCGGGAAAGAGAGAGGAAUCGCGAGGCGAUGAAGCAGCUGCAACACGAGGAUCACGUUACCGAACAGAUCAACGACAUCCUGCAACACGAGGGUCUGGAGACCAAGGAGCAGCCCGACACAGAGAACAUACACAGAAUCAUAAAUAGUUUUCUCCUACUGCUGCCGCGCGCCGUACUCUCGGAUCCCGUGGGUUCUGACUACGAGCACUAUAUACACGACGCGCAACGUCACUAUCAGCUCUGGCUAGAUGUUACAUCAAAUUUUAGUUGGCCAUCCGACCAGAACUGCGGCGAUAACACUGCAAGCUCCACGCAUAGCUACGACAGUAGACCAGAGGCUGAUAUACACAUGAACGAGGAGUUUCAACCAUUGCAUCAGACUAUGGACCAUAAGGAUACCUGGAUCAAAGACCAUUACCCUAUGGACGAUAAUAAUCAUUUCUCGCAGAAACUAGUCUUAAGAACUCGGGAUGUAAAUACCACAGCCGUGGAAGAGGAGUUCGAUGAAGGUCCCUUCUUCAGAAUGCUGUUCAAGUUGCUGUCGAAUAUGCCUUAUCAGCCCUAUCAAGUCAAUUUGCACCUUACAGCUAUAAUCUCAAAGUUAGCUUUGAUCCCGCACCCGUAUCUGCACGAAUAUCUUUUAAAUCCAAUGUUGCCAACGUCCAAAAAGACACCGACACUUUUUAAAAUACUUCAAGAUGUCGCGAGGAGGUUGACGAUGGAAAUACCGAGGAUAAAGAAUUAUAAAAAGGUGAUUGAGAGCACUAGGCUUCAGCUGAUGAGUGAGGACCCCAGUUAUGACGACAGAGGUGACCAUAACCAGCUGGUGGAGAGCCUGAUCGUUUUAGAAGAGUUCUGCAAGGAACUUGCUGCUAUCGCAUUUGUAAAAUAUCAGCAUGGGAUGCAUAUGCACGGAUAA